GGUUAUGUUUACUGAAAUGAUCUAAAUGCCGUAAAAAAUCGAACGUUAAAACGCGAUUUAUUUUUUUAUUAAAAACGUUAUGAAUUUUGGUAAUUUUUAGUGAUUUAAAUAUAAAUAUUUUCCAAUGUACGAUCCGAGAUGGAAAAUGAAAGGUUCAAUGUUGAGAAGGCCCGUUGCAGUAAAGACGAGGCCUGGAGGCGAAAGUGUGGAUGUCUUAGAACGAGUGAGAAGUUAAAGAAAUUAUUGGACAAGUUCCCGGCGCCGCCACCUCCCUCGCCUGAUGAAUCUACUCCGGUUACUUUAAAUUCAAAAUUGCAUAAUGCAACCUGCAUAUCUGCAUAUUGCACGCAAGUUCAAAAUAAACUAUUUUGCCAAGCCGAAGUUGCCGCUAAGACGAAAUUAAAGGACAUUGAAAAUGAUGUACCAAUAAAAAAGGACAUCAACAAUGUAAAGUCUUGGCGUAUACUUCGUGAAAUGGUGCAGCUUCUGCAAUUCUCAGUGACGGCGACAGCUUUGGCUCUGUACUACUUGGUGUACUGCUACAUGCAGUUAAUAUACUACACUCUGUGGAGCGCUGUCUACUUCCAUAAUGCUGAUGGACCCAUGAAGAUAACAAUAACAAUUGUAACGAUCACGUCACUGAUAAUAGCUUUCAAUUUAAUAAUAAAAUUCGAAAAAAUUAUCGGCAUAGGUUUGUUUCAAUGAAUCAAAUAUAGAGCGAUGUGAUAAUCGCCAUUCAUUGAUUUGAACUAUCCAGAGUUAAUGGAUAACUGAAUUGUAGUAAAGUAUUUAAUUAACUGCCUUUGAAAUAAAAAAGUGAUGAAAUACAA